CUUGGCCCUGAAUAGCAUGGUCCCUAGUACUGCUAGGAGCAACCCCAGGGGAUCCAGAAGAGAGGAGUUGCAAAUUGCACCGCGUUUUCCAAAACCAAACCAAAAGAAUCUUCAUAAUAUAGUUUUAAGACCAAGAUGAAGUAAUUUGGCAGUUCCAUGUUAUGGUAUUGUCUGAAGACAAAACAAGUAGCUCAGGGAGAAAAUGCACACACGAGGCCAUGCAUAUCCUUUGUUAAGGCCACUUAGGAGACUCCUACCACUUUAAAUAGGAAAGGAUGGAGAAGACAUCUCAAACUAUUCACCUUGCUCUGUUUAUAUUUCUUUCAAGGUGAUAACAUUGGAAACAUAAGGCAUCUUGAAAACGAAUAACUACCACCUAUUCAACUGUAUAUGCCAUGCACUUUAUCAUAUUUCAAUCUCACAUCAACUGUAUAAAGCUGACACUAUUAAAGCUCUUUGCGGGGCAGGGAGAUAGCUCAGAGGUCAGGGGUACAUGCCUUGCAUCCACAAGGACCUAAGUGAAUUGGAUCUGCAGCAUUGCAUGACACCCCUACAACACAGCUAAGUGUAGUCCUGAGGUGCCCAAGUAUCACUGGCUAUAGCUCUGGUGGCGCCAACAUCACUGAGCAAAAUGGAAUCGCUCGUCCCAGCAUUAAACUGACCAACCUGGUUGACUGAGUGUCCCUGGGAGUGGACCACAGGCCUGCUGAGCACAGCUCUGGACGCCACCCCCACCCCACCCCCCACACACACACACACAAAACCACACUUUCAGAAACCAAUGCAGAGAUUUUAUUUGCCAAAAUUGCAAAUAGCAAAACCAGGUUUCUUCACAUGCCAUGCUCCAAGUCACGCUAUAAACCUAAACUGACGGGUUGGCAUUUGUCAGUCUUUUGAGGGGAAGAGGGUGGUUUGGGCCACACCCCCACAGUGCUCAGAGGGUGGUACUGGUACUCUCUGAGCUCAGGGGUCACUGUGGGCCUGGGAAACCAGAUGUGGUGCUAGGGGUUGGAUCAGGGUUAGCCACAUGUGACCUAGUGCCUUAACCCUUGUACUAUCUUCCUGCCCCACCCGUUGGUCUUAAUAAGUUUACCUUCCUCUCACCCUACUGCCAGUGAGACUGACCAGCACUGAUUAGAGACCAAAUCAGGGAGACAGUCCUCUCUUACCUGUAUCUAAACCUUGUUUAUUUAAGACCUGUUUAUUCUUGUACUUGGUGCACAUCUUACAUCUUACCUCCCUGUUGGAACGUGCCUACUUGGAGAGCAGGGAUAACCAUUUAAAUAAUACUGAUUACUUAAUAUAUCAGAACUAGAAUAUAUCACUAUAUUUGAGGCCCUGCCAUUUCUGAAUUUUAUGCUUCCCACUGGAGCCAGUCCCAAUAAGUGAGAGGCAAGCUGGGAGGCUGGUGAGAGCCAAAACCUACAUCAGGGUCACUUUAGGGAGGGAAGGAACCUGGACUGUAUGUGUGUGUGUGUGUGUGUGUGUGUGUGUGUGUGUGUGUGUGUGUGUAUGGGGGGGUGCUGUUGGAGGAGUGAAACCACUUCCUGUAUCGCUAGUUCCUGUGUUGACAGAGCUGCAGGGGAGGAGGGGACUGGAGGGAACACAGCCCAGGCUGGGGGGCUACUGAGUCCCUGGAGAUGAGGCCUUUAGUCCUUUCCCACCAGGAACCCCACACUAGAGUCGCUGGAGGAGCUUUUCCCAGUCUCUGCCCUCCACAGGGGUCCAGAGAGGCCCAGUAAGCGAGCUGUUUGGGUGGGAAAAGAGAACUGGAGGAAGUUGACAGGGAGGGGCGGGGCCGUGAGGGGCUGACCAGGAACUGAGUUUCCUGUUCUGUACCCAGGCAUCCAGCCCCUGGCUCACCCCCACCCCUUUCCAGCCCCCAGUCCCCUCAGGAACCCAGGUAUCCGGUCCUCCUCCCAAAUCCCAGCCUCCCCCCGCCCCCUCCAGGUUCUCCCCUCCAGGGGAUGGAGGCUGAGAGACCCCAGGAAGAAGAAGAUGGUGAGCAGGGGCCCCAGCAGGAUGAGCAUGGCUGGCCCCCUGUGAGCCCCACCGCUCGGCCUUGGCGAUCUGCUCCUCCAUCCCCUCCUCGAGGAACCCGCCAAACAGUCCUGGCGCCGCGCUCGGCCUCCCUGCUCUCCCUGCAGACUGAGCAACUCCUGGACCUGGUGGCAGAGGCCCAGUCCCGCCGCCUAGAGGAGCAGAGGGCCACCUUCCACGCUCCCCCGAGCCCCCCGAGCCUAGUCCGAACCCCACCGCGGCCUCUCGAGGACAGAGAACAGCUCUACAGCACCAUCCUCAGUCACCAGUGCCAGCGGAUGGAAGCCCAGCGCUCAGAGCCGCCCCUCCCCCCGGGGGGCCAGGAGCUCCUGGAGUUGCUGCUGAGAGUUCAGGGUGGGGGCCGGAUGGAGGAGCAAAGGUCCCAGCCCCCUGCACAACACACCUGCUGAGACUUGAGACCUGUCCGCAAAUCUGGGCCUCAAAGCUGGACAGCCUGCCCCCACCCCUGCCUGGCAGGGGCGCCAGAUGCUGGAAGACCCAACAGACACCUGUCAUCACCCUCACCCACUUUCCCCGGGAACGGGAGGGGGUGAGAGGCCCCGGUCCUGAGGAAUGGUCCAGGUGGGAUAGUCAUUUGACUCUUCGCCAAGUCCCUGGGAGCCUGACCCACAGGACCACCCGUCCAGCUGCCCAGACUCCCCACCCCUUCUCGGAUAGUGGGGGGCCCUCUGGGUCCUGGCUCCUAGUGGGGCCACCCCAAGUCAGGCUGAGGGGCUGCAGGUUCGGUCCUCAGCCGCCCACAGCGGAUCGCAGGCGUGUCCUGAGGGGUGAGCCCACCCCGCACUCCCUCCCGGUAAGAGCGCGGGGAAGGAGGUUCGCCUCCCCGUCCUCAGCACCCGGCCGGACCGAGGGACCCGGGGCUGUGGACGGACUUUAGCCCGGCCCCCGCCCUCCUUGCCCGCGGCUACUGUCUGUCUGUCUGCCCUCGGGUGGUGUGAAUAAAUCGGAUUCUCCUCGAGA